UUUGCGCAAAUGAAGUAUAAAGAAGAUGCUGAGUCUCCACAAGGAAUUCUUCAUACUCCUGAUACAGUUGCCAAAUUUCAGAGUGUUCCUGUACAAACUGGGCAAACACCACCCCUUUUGCAGUAUUUUGGUACUCUCUUGACCAGAGGAAUGCUUAAUGCUUUCGAGUCAUUGGAACUAUCAUGUCUUGUUGUGAACCAGAACAAGAAUAAUUUGUUGGAAAAUUGGCUAGCAGAAGACAAGUUAGAAUGUAGCGAGGAGCUAGGAGAUCUUGUGAAGACCACAAGACGUUGGGACCUUCUCUAUUCUGCUCAUGGUGGUAGACUAGACUGA